CCGGAAGGACAUAUUCACGGCAAUUAAGGAACUACAUUGCACCGAAUUUUUGCUCCUAUAGGAAACAUGGACGAUCUUGUGGUCAAGUUCCAUGGCCGGAGGACGGGAUAUUUCCAGAUGUGUAUCAUACUUGUAUAUGUAUAUACACUUUAAUAGCCCACGGUAGUUGACCUACCAAUCGAUCUUUUUCUUUGAUCUGGCAUGAGUUUGUUAAAUAUGCGGAGCCUCAUAUCGUUGUCCGUGUUUGCCACUUGCGCGCUCGCUGCUCCGGCUUCUCAAGCUCUCGAUUUCUCGUCCUUCAGCCCUCGGUCGGUGCAUCAGCGGGCGGACCCUUCAUUGACUGGCUACCUUGGAGCUUUUUUCUUAGGAGACAAGCCGAGUGUGUAUUUUUACACCUCCAACGGCAACAAUGCAAACUCGUUCAAGGCAUUAAACAAGGGUCAGCCGGUGAUUAACCCUACAAAAGGCACGAAGGGAGUCCGAGAUCCCUCGCUCAUUGCCGGUGGUGGUAGGGAGGCAAGCAAAAAAUGGUAUAUCAUUGGUACUGAUCUGGAAAUCGGAAAGACGACUUGGGAUGCAGCGCAACGCACUGGAUCAAGGGGAAUUUUUGUAUGGGAGAGCGUCGAUCUCGUAAAUUGGGCGCAAGAGAGACUAGUUGAGGUGGAGGACAAGACCGCUGGGAUGGUAUGGGCGCCUGAUGCGAUAUGGGAUGCAGAGAAAGGACAGUACCUCGUCCAUUGGGCAAGCAAGUUCUAUGCCACAAGCGACCCACAGCACACGGGAAGUCCAAGCGCAACGAGGAUUCGGUACGCAUACACAAGCGACUUCAAGACUUUCUCGGCACCGCAGGACUACAUCAACAAGAGCCCCACCAAUAUCAUCGACUUGAAUAUCCUUCCGCUAGGCGAUAAAACGUAUGCACGCUUCAUGAAAGACGAAACCGCAAAGACGGUCUUCACGGAGAUAUCGACCACGGGGCUCUUUGGUUCCUGGGCGCGACCUGGAGGCUCCAACGCGAUCAUAGCUUCAGGUGUGGAAGGACCAGCCGCCUAUUGGGAUAAUCAAGUCCAAGGGAAGGCACAUCUUCUACUUGACUUCUACGGUAGCGAUGGAUACAGGCCGUACGAGACAAGUGAUGUGAAGGGAGGAAAAUGGACCGCAAGCGACCGUACCAAUUUCCCUAAGAAUCUUAGGCAUGGAAGCGUACUGCCUGUGAAUGCGACAAUUGCGUCUGCAUUGGCGGCAAGAUGGCCUUGAUGCUUAGCUGAUCUGGAGGGUUGCAUAUGAUGCCCAAAUUACCAAAUGCAUAGGAUAUGAUACCAUGAUGUCAAACAAGGCUAUGGACCUUAAGGAUA